CCCUUCAAUCCCCGAACCUUCCCCAGAUUUGCAUCAGUCGCGCUGCCGCCGGUAUGAAAAAUUUAUGCAGGCCAGAUUUCCGUGUGUCAGGGAGAGGGGGCCAGGGAGUGCGAAAUGACACGUUUUCUCCCCCUGCCGACAGGUGCCAGGAACGGUGAACUGUUUACAGCCGCCAAUUCCUUUCCUUUUGGAUGCACCGCGCAGGGAUUUCUCCAUAGAGGUUCUCAGGACUGGGAGGUGCAGAAACUCGGGACGGUCCGUGCCUGUCCCUGGUGCUGAAACGGCAGUAGUUGUGACGACGGAGGGCAGGCUUGGAAAGUGUGCUCAGGCAGAGGCAGUGGCGGCGGUAGCGCCCGGAAAGGAUGCGCAGCGGGAAAGAUGGUUAGUGGUGUGAGCGCAGAGCUGGGGCUGCUGAUCUUUACUGUUGCUCACUGUUGCCUGGGAGGUCACAUCCCCUCAAAAACAGACCACUCUUCGGGGCCUUCCGAGCAGCGGCAAUACAGAAUAAAGAGAGAAAACCAGACGGAUUCUACGGUGCCCCUUCGACUGCGGACAUAUAACAGCACUGAACCCGCGGAGCAUUUAUCGACCAGAUUAAAAGACCAAUACAGAAAUGAUCGCUUGUUACAUACGUCUCAUACAAGCUUCCUUGUGCCGGCCUUUGGAAGACAGUUCGUCUUGGACUUGGAGCUAAACCAUGGGCUGCUGUCCUCCAGAUACGUGGAGAGAUACUACACCAACCAAUCAAGCAAGCCAGUAGUGGUGAAGGGCACUGAGCAUUGUUACUAUCAUGGCCGCAUCAGAGGUCGCCCCGGCUCAACAGUGGCACUAUCAACAUGCAACGGCCUUCUCGGCAUGUUUGAUGACGGAGACAGUCUGUACUUCAUACGGCCUUCCGAUGAUCAAGAUGUUGUCCCAGAAAAGAAUGGUCAGUUGCACAUCGUGUACAGGACCAAUGUCAAAACUAUGCAGCAGGAUGAUGUCCUGGUUCGAGAUGAACCACAGAAGGAUACGAAGUCAAGUAGACUGGAUAGACUUAGAGAACUUCUAUUUAGAAGAAAACCAAAGGCAAGAUUGAAGAGGGACGUACUACCAGAAACAAAGUACAUUGAGCUAAUCUUAGUAAAUGAUAACAGAAUGUUCCAGAUGUAUAAAAAUAACUCACAGCGGACAAGUAGCGUUGCAAAGACCGUAGCAAAUCUAGUAGAUGCGAUGUACAGUAAGCAGCUGAACACAAGAAUAGCACUAGUAGCGAUAGAGACGUGGGAUAGUGAAGACCAGAUAGCAGUGAACAGUGAUGCCCAGGAAACUCUCAGGCAGUUUCUGAAGUACAGAUAUCGGAACCUGUUAAACUGGCAGUCGCAUGAUGCAGCGCAUUUACUCAGCGGCAUGGCAUUUGCAGACGGUGUAACCGGCCAAGCACCAAUCAACGGGAUCUGCACGAAACGGAACAGCGGAGGCGUGAAUGAAAACCAGAACCCCAGGAAUGCUGUGGUUUUAGCUGUGACGUUAGCGCACCAACUGGGACACAACCUGGGGAUGCACGAUGAUAACGGAAGAGAUUGCUUUAAGGCUUGUCCAGACUGGUACGGGUGCAUCAUGGAAAAGGAAAGAGGAAUCCAGCAGCCAAGAAGAUUUUCCCAAUGUAGCGUACGGGACUAUCGACAGUUACUCAUGAACGGACUUGGUGCCUGUAUCUUCAACAGACCUCAAAAGCUACACGAACCCCCCUACUGUGGGAACGGGUUUAUAGAGAAAGGUGAACAGUGUGACUGUGGGCCUCCUACGCCAGCGAAUGCGAAGUAUUACAGACGGUGUGUGAAAUGUUGCGACAACUGUAUGCUGACAGAAGAAGCACAAUGCGCACACGGAGAAUGCUGCGACUUGUCAACAUGCAAGUACAAAGAAGGGGACACGGCGUGUAGAGCGCCAGUCAACGCCUGCGACCUGGAGGAAAAGUGCACCGGUCGGAGUGGGGAGUGUCCAGACAACCUUUACAAGCAAGAUGGACAACUCUGUGAAGUCGAUGGCCACUGCUACUAUGGCGAAUGCAGAACAAGAACAAACCAGUGCAAAUAUGUCUGGGGUGAAGAUGUGUACACAGCAGAUGACGUCUGUUAUCAGAGGCUCAACAUCAAUGGAAACCGGGAUGGCAACUGCGGGAAAAGCGAAGAUGGCGGUUGGGACAAAUGUGAACCAAAAGACAUUUUCUGUGGCUACCUUCUGUGCGACGGUAACGUGACAGUCCCCCGGGUCGGCGUUCUGGACGGCUCACUGACGUCCAAGAGUUACCCAAGGACUGGCAAGACUAUGCACUGCAAGGGUGGCCACGUGCUACUGGAUGACAGUAAUAACAUCGGAUAUGUCCAGGACGGGACAACCUGCGGCACCAACAAGAUGUGCCACAGUGGGCGGUGUGUGGAGGUCUCCAGCUUCAACAUCACGCCCUGUCCUGUAGGCGUCAAUGGGCUGCCCUGUUCUGGACAUGGAAAUUGCACGAAUGAAGACAGAUGCCUGUGUGACACGAAGGAGUGGAGGGGCAGGGACUGCGGUAACUAUGUCCCCCCAGCGAACAACGGAGAUGGUAUGCUUGGAAACCAAGGCCGGUCAUUCACGGCUAAUCGUAUCCUAGGAGCAGUGAUGACGUCAGUACUUGUGUAUGCAUGUUGCUUUGGUGCAUAUGGGUUGGGGAAUAAGAGUGCGGUCCGCAGAGGAAAGAGGAGUGGUAAGUCCACGCCCAAGACAAGCCCGACUGAGGAGAAGGACACGCAGGGAGACGGCAAGACGGCGGACGGGAAAGGAGGCGGCAACACCACAUCCCCGAAUAGCCCGGCCCCGUGCUCGGAUGGGGACGUCUGCGUGGGCAGUGAGGGCCACAUGACCGUAACAGUUGCUAUGCCACGUGACGAAACUUCAAAGUCCACGCCCCAAGCAAAUGGCGUCAUACACACGAGUGAUGACGACCACACCAGUGGCGAAAUUAACCCCAUCCUGUAUUUGAACGGACACGCUCCCCACGUGCAAGCCAACGGUCACACACAGAGGAAUGGCUAUGCACAGGCGGACGGGCACGCGCACUUGCAUGCAGAGGGAGACGCUAAUUCCGAUACACAGCCAAGCAAAAGCAAGCGAAGCAGGCGAUCGGGCAGAAAGAAACAUACAAACAAAGAUGCCGAUGGCCCGACCGAGCAGGAUAAAUCCAAACAGAGUCAGAGAAGACCUCAUCACGACCAUGAGCACGAAAACAAAGUUAGGCGGGGACCCCCACCACCACCGUCCCACGAAACGCAUGUCAAUGCAGCAGAGCACAAUGCGACGGGGCACUCGCCACACUCGACUAGGAAAGGGGACAAGCGAAACUUCGUGGCGAAGUGGAUAGAGGAUGUAAACUACAACAAGCACGACGGCCCCCCUCCGCCUAGGUUUGUUAGGUCGGACAGCCCGAAGCACAAGGUGAAAAUGUCGGCCAGCCCGGAGCCAAUACGUAGGCCUCAGACCUUAAAGGUGCGCAAAUCCGACUCCUCUCUUUCCUCUAGUGGAACAGCUGGCCUCAAAAUCAGGCCCAAAGAAAAACCGAACCCGUUCACUAGGUAAACGCUUAACCGAAGCAAAGGAUGGGGAGCUAGGAUGAGGGUAUGACCCAUGGAGCGGACCGACUGUGGAUCGCAGCCCCGCAUUGCUUAUUUUCUGAAUGACACGUGUCUGUCAUCACAAGGGACUUGGAGAAUAAUGGUAAGGAGGUAACUCACGGUCAAUCCUGAACAAACUUGUUUUACGCAUGGUGAUCACUGGACAUGAAAUCUGAGUUCUGGUUUCUAUGAUUAUGAAUUAUGAACUGAUUGGUUAUGGUAUUUCAGGAGAAAUCGUGUAGGGUACAACAUGUCCGAAACAUGUCAGGUUAGUGUGGGAGGGCAUAGUGAAGUGUGGCACGUCUUUGGCCACCGCUGACGUGUUCUACUGCUCUGUCUUUCGCUUUCGUGUGUAAACAGUGGUGGAACCGUGAGCAUCGCACGACAUGACAGUGUGCGAUCUUCUGUGUGCGUCAGUAUGGCACCGUCACGGCUAUACUAUUGACAUCAUGAAAACAAUCGAUAUAGGAGAACGAAUAAGAAUAGAUUGAAUAAGUAGUUUUGAUACCCAAGAUGGAUACGGUAAGUGAUAAACACAUAGAUAUCGUGACAAUACUGAGAAAUUGCGAGACUUUGUGGCGAACGCAAGACUCGAAUACCACGACAAGCAUGGACAAUGCUUCAAAUUGGUCUGUUCCCAGACAGAAAGCAGCCCGAGAGUAACUUGUAUCUCCCGGGUUAGGUCGGCCGUGGUGCAAAUCGUCUCAGCUCGACUGGCUCAAUACUGUAUAUCAGCACAGCUUCAAUACUUAAAAGUUAACGUGUACCCACUAGGCAUGCAUAGUGCAACACACGUUAUUCAUACUAUAGACUUCAGACCAGACGAGCCCGUGCAUUGGCCUGUACGUUGUGUAUCCGUGCCCUUCCCGGGGUUUCAUCCACGUUUACGAGCCUGACAGUGACACCCGUACCCGUAGUCGACCUGAGUUCAAAACGAUAAUAGUAACGUAAUGCCUUUAUAAAAGUGUUUUCUACUCAUCACAUCUGUAUUGUAGAAUGCUUGAUGAACAUUCCGGUAGAGCAUGUUGAUGUGGUAGCGCGUCCACCAUCUUGGAUUUUAGAAAUGGUUUUAGAAAUGGUCUUGAUUACUCCGUUGUUGUCGCUUUUCCUAAGUCUGUUUAUUUUCCCAAGAAUGUGUUCACAAAUAUGCUAACCUGCAUAUCGUUGUCUCGUAAUAAUAGUAUAUUUUGUAUCCGUCCUUUUCAGUUGCUUGCCUUCAUGGCUGUUCUGCCCAUAGAUUGCUAGUGCAUGUAAUAGCAUAUUUUACCAGAUACAUGUACUAGUACCAUUAGCCUUAAAGAGCCUACGUCAGGCCGAAAACGGAGCAGUGUCAUUAGCGAUGGGGCCAGGCGAAGGGUACGGAGAUACAACAGGCUUGUAUAUACUGCGCCAGGAAUGCAUACCAGAAAACAAUAUUCAUAUCAAUGCGAUGGACAUGGACAGACGAUUUCACAGUACUUAGGUUCUAAGGCAUUCAUGAACUGGACUGCCUGCGUAUUCAAGUGCAAUUUACACAAUCUGUAUGAUAUAUGCACGGUAUCUAUGAUAUUGUAUGACUACAGUACAAGUAGCUGGCGAGUAGCGAUUAAGAAAGACGCAAUUCAUUCAAGACUGUAGCAGCAAAAGGGCCUAAAAGGAAGCAUCUAGAAGAUCGAUCAAAGACUGUAGUGUAUUGAACUAUGUACCAGUAAGAACCUAGCUAGAUUCUGGAGCUACAAAACGACAUAUUAUUGGCACUGAAGCUCGAAGAUCUCGCCAUAGGAGUUGGCUUAAGACAUAUCAAACGAUCUAUAUUGCGAUGUACAUUGUAACAUUGUUCGAUACCACCAAUUAUUGCUUUUAUACUACGUGAACAAUUGAUAUUACCUAAUUAUAAUGCGAGCCUAAUGAAUAUGCCGUCUUCUAUGAUCGCACAGUUAGCGUUGUACGUAUUUCAUUUACCCCAUUUAUAUACUCAAGCAAUGAUGUAAUGAACAAUUGUACGUCUUCAAGAACUCUUAGUAUUCAUAGAUGAUAUUUGCAAUUUUAUUACCUUAUUUGUAAAUCGAUUGACAAAGCUUUACUUUUCUAAUGAAUAUGAUCAGCUUUCAUACGAUUGAAGGUUGAAUAUGGCUGUUGAAGGUCAAAUAUGGAUGAAUAAAGCAAGCAGGCCAGGAGGGUCAACUAACUUGUCUUGUAGAAAAUACUGAAAUUGCCGGCAGCACUGUUGGCUACCUCCUGUCCUCUGGCAUGCAUGCUUAUAACA